AUGCGUCAUCCCGUUGAUUCUUCAGCUUGGCGUUGUGCGGAUAGUUUUUUUCCAGAGUUUUCUAAGGAAGCACGGAAUGUUACUCUUGGUAUAGCAACUGACGGCUUCAACCCCAAUGGAUGCUUUGGUCUCAAUUACAGCUGUUGGCCGGUAAUUCUCUGUCCGUAUAAUCUUCCUCCUUCGAUGUGUAUGAAGAGGGAGUUUUCUAUGUUAUGUUUGUUGAUAUCAGGCCCGAGAGCACCAGGUAAAGAUAUCGAUGUUUACUUACAACCAUUGAUUGAAGAGUUGAAAGAGUUAUGGAAUGAUGGUGUUAUGACUUUCGACAGCUUCACCGGUUCUGAAUUUCUGAUGAGAGCUAGGUUGUUAUGGGCAAUUCAUGAUUUUCCAGCAUUAGGGACUCUUUCUGGAUGUGUAACUCAUGGGUAUUUUGCUUGUCCAAGUUGUGGAGAAGAAACAGAUGCUGAGUGGCUGCCAUAUAGUAAGAAUUCGUCACUGUACAGAUGUGAUGCAUACGAGAAGAAUAUAACUGAGCACAUUGUUAAUACUGUAUUGGGAAAUAGCAAGUCAAAAGAUGGUCUUAAUGCACGUAAAGAUAUGGAAGCUAUGGGGAUUAAAAAGCGGUUAUGGUUGAAAGAGGAUGACAACACGGGCAAGACAACAAUGGAAGAUGGGUCUUUUGCCUUAACAAAGGAUGAAAAAGUUGCUUUCUGUACAGUUUUGAAGAAUUUAAGGGUGCCUUCAAAUUUCUGUUCCAAUUCGCAACAACGUUGGUUAAUGAAAGGCUUUAAAGGGUUGGUGCGCAAUAAAAGGUACAUUGAGGGAUGCAUUGCGAGAGGGUAUUCGUUGCGAGAAGCUAGCUUAUUUUUUAUGGAUGGCAUGUCAGAUGAUGGUGAUGAUGAGAUGCCUCUAAGUACUGGAAAGAGUAUGACUUUAACUCAAGUACAAUUUGAACAAUGCCGCAGCUGGAUCCUAUCUAAGUAUUUUGAGAUAGAUGACUGGCGAAGGAAGUAUGAUUCCUAUGUUAGCGGCAACACGUCUAAUGGUCAGCAGACCUCAAAGAGUUUUCAUGUAUGGUUGCGCGACGAUGGGGUGUUGGUGUUCGUGGUGGUGUUGAUAGAAGCCAAAGAGACUGAUUCAACACUUUGGAGACUCGUGCAAGGACCCCUCUUCAAGGCACGAUCCUACAGUAAAUACCAAGUCAAUGGCUUUACUUUUAGCACACUAGGUUGUGAGGCGAAGAAUAUAUCGCAAAACAGUGGCGUAUCAAUGAAAGCUUUUACAAGACUGAAAGCGAAGUCGGCCGAGGAAGCAGAAAUAACUUAUUACGGAGUUAUUAAAGAGAUUAUCGUCUUGAAUUACAUGGAGUUUGAAGAAACUGUUUUCUGUUGUGAUUGGGUUAGUGUUGGAGAUAAGAAUGCGUGUAAGGUUGAUGCAGUUUCAAAGGUUAUAAAGGUCAACUUAUCCAAGAUGAAAAACAAAGUUAGAGUGUCCGAUGAGCCGUUUAUCCUUGCAUCUGAAGCGGCUCAAGUGUUCUACUCGAAGGAUCUUACAGAUGAGGGAUGGUCCGUGGUGUUGCACUCACAUCAGGGGUUAACUUGUUCAGUAGAUAAAUUUGAAGUUCCUACAGCUUAUCAAUCAGUUCUUACUGACAAUGAGAAUUUCAAAAAGUUGCUUUCAAUUGGUUCUAUUUGA